AUGAUCAAACAUUUAGAUUCCCGAAGGCUGCAGAGAUCAAUAAAGGGUGAAGAGAGCAAAGUUUUUGCUGAAACCUACAGAGGUGCAAAAAUAUCAGCCAUAAAGCACCAUAUUAAACCAUGCUUAGAUAAAAAGCCUACAGAAGCUAUUCUGCAUGUUGGCACGAAUGAUCUACCAGAGAAACAUCCGAGUAAAAUAGUUGAUGGCAUUGCUGAAAUCUGCGAUAUAAUACAGACUGACAGCCCCUCAACGGAAAUUGUAAUCUCUGAAGUCAUACUCAGGACGGAUAGGGCAGAAUACAAGCAGAAAAUAG